CCAACACUCAAAAAUAUUCUCCAACUCUAUAUAACGUCACCAUGUUUCUCAUGUCACUGACUCUCUAAUGUCCCCCUGCUUUCCUCUCUCUUCCCCAGGAGCCUCAACUUUUGAGAUGUUCGAUGUUUUACUCUUUUCUGUUUCUUAGUUGAUAUGAUUUGAGCUAGACUGUUCUUGUCCCUCUGAUCUUACUAGGUCUAAUUGAAUCAAAAAGCAUCUAUGGAGAGGAACGGUAUGAGCAAUAAAUUAAAAGACCAUAGUAUUGGAUGUAGAGCCGUUGAAGACUGCAACAUUAGCUACAACCACAACACGAUUAAAGAUUCAUGGAACUGUUACGGCAGUGGAAGUCAUGAUGAAGAUGAUCUUGGUGGAUAUUCAUGGCCUCCAAGAUCUUAUACAUGCAGCUUCUGCAAAAGAGAAUUCAGAUCCGCUCAAGCUCUAGGUGGCCAUAUGAAUGUUCAUAGGAGAGACAGAGCCAGGCUGAGACGGUCACCUCCAAGGGAUGAUCAGUACACUAUUCCUAAUCUUAACCUCAAACCUAACCCUAAUCUCUCAACCCCAUCACCACCUUCUCUUCCAACAAGGCUUCCAGCAUUUACCUGCCCAUUACCUUCCUUGGCUGCUUCCCCUUUUUCUUCUUUAUCUUCACCAUCUUCAGCUUCACCUAGUGAACUGAAUGCUGCACAAUCUUUUUCUGGGGUUGAAGAAUUUAAUGGCGUCAACCAAGAAGAUGAAUGUAAGGUUUUGAAGAUGGCAGAGUUUGUUAGGUUGGACUUAAAGAUUGGUUUGCCUAGUGAUUUAAAGGAGGAUUUGGAUUUGGAACUUCGACUUGGGUACUCCUAGCUCCAACAUUUGCAGAUUUUUCCACAAUGAUUUGGCUUAUCGGAUCUAUAUGCAGUCACACCAUCUGUUUUCAUAUUCACUAGUAGAAGAUAAAAGCAUAGAGA